AUGUCAGAAAUAGAAGCAUCUCUCUAUGCUCUUCAAUGGAAUAACAGCAUGUCAGUUGCUGUCAUCACCAUCAUAUCUUAUGAAUACAUACUUCAAUUCGAGAAAGAGGUCAAGUUUGUUUGGGAAAGACAGUGGUCGGUGAUGACGUGUCUAUACCUUGCUGUUCGAUAUUUCGGUAUUUUGAUCGCAAUGUUCUCCGCCUGCUGGGGAGGUCAAAUUUAUAUACCUGAGGCAGUGAGUUAUGGCACGUUUCUGUUUAUGCAAUGGGGUACCUCUGUAUACUCUUGCUUGACGAAAGUCAUCCUCAUCUGGCGUCUAUAUGCCCUGUACCAAUCCAAGCCUAUCCUUUAUGUUCUACUGGGGUUGUUUAUACCUAUCGUCGCGCUCUACAUAGCGGUGGAUGUAUUUUUGUGGAGUCGACCCUCAGCGAUCUCAAUACAAGAAAUAAUAAUAGCCCCAAGCAUCAAGUACUGCACGGCUUUCUUCCACACCGGACCCAUGCCAGCGAUAUACACUUCCAUCCCCGUCAUAUGCUAUGAUAUUUUGCUGGUCGUUCUCGCCAUUACCAUCCUGGUGAAGCACAUGAAAGAACGGAAGGAACUUCAAAUGAAACCCAACACAUAUAUAGUCUUGAUCGUCCGAUAUCAUGUCAUAUACUUUGUCAUGAAUUUGGCAGUUCAAAUCUUCUCUGCGAUAAUGUGGGCCGACCUUUCGACAGCGGUGAUGUAUGUCGUACUGUUGUUUUCCGAUAGUGUGCCAUUUAUUAUCGUGCCACGUCUUAUCAUCGACAUUUGGGAAACGCAUGCGAACGAAAGCUGUGUACAUGUCAGCACAACAUUCGAGGAUUGCGUCUGUUGGACUUCGCCACCACCGUUGGAGGAGCACGAGUUGGAAUUCCGUAUAGAUCCCGACAACCUUGCUUGA